AUGGCGGAUGUAGAACAAGAUAAUCCAGAGAGGUGUGUCAAUUCUGCAUUUACAUUUAUAAAACAUGGGAAUAUUUGAUUAUAGAAUGCUAUUUUUCAUAUAGGUUUAGUGAAUUAUGCCCUUAAUAUCGAAAUUAAUAUGUCAACAAUUAAAUGUGGGCCUAUAAUAAUUUAGGCUUUUCACUAAAAAUAAAAACUAAAUAAAAAAUUAUGGCGAUCCGAUGCGAUGGUUAGGCUAGGGCCAGGGCAAGACCCGCCCUUCUUCACUUCUUACCUUCUUAACAUAUUACUAUUUAGCCUAUUAUUUAUUACGCGAUGGGCAAAGUGCAAAGCCUCCUAAACAUAAUUUGCUCUAUAUUGACUAUAUUCAGUAUGAAUCAUUGAAACAUAAGUUGGAUGCGGCUAUUCGGACCCGUUGAGAGUUUGGGUUUAUUAAAAAAUAUUUAAAAAUUAUUGUAGGGUUUGCAAGAUAAAAUUUGGUAUCAAAUGAAAGAUAAUUGAAUGGACUAUAUGUUUGUAAACUUACUUCUUCAGUUUAACUAAAAUCAGCUACCACAAAUAACAUCCGAAUAGAAUUUAGUCUAAAUGGAACCGGAAACGCAUCGCUGCUAUUCUGACCCGGGUCCCAUUAGACUCAAGCUAUUCGGAUGUCAUUUGUGGUAGUUUAUUUUAGUUAAACUGAAGAAGUAAGUUUACAAAAUAUAGUCCAUUCAAUUAUCUUUCAUUUGAUACCAAAUUUUAUUGGCAGUGUCUACACGUCCGGCGCGCCGGAUGUAUAUCUCCCAAACUAUUUGUCCGGCGACCAAGUCACAUGACCGCCGUAACAAAGUGGCAAGAGAUAUCUUGUCGGUCAGCCUUGUCAUGUGACUGCGAAUGAUUCAAAACUAUUGUUAAUUUUAAAAUCUUUUUCUCUACCAAGUAAUGUACUGAGUAUCUUGAAUGCAAAUAAUAGAAAAAAAACUUAAGUGAAAGUGGCUUGUAAACAUUUUUGUUUUGUUUGUUAUUUGCGUUUGUGUACCAGUAAUCCAUAAAAUUAAUUAGGGCAGGGGCCAGUAUGGAGUAGGCAAACAAUAAAAGUAAAAGAUUCCAUUUUAAAUUGUUUAAAUUGUUAAAAUAUUUAAAAACUUGUCAUGAAACUACUGUUGCUGAUGAACAUGAUAAUAAAAAUAUAGUAUAAAAUAUUUUUAAUUAAAAUGGGGGAAAAAAAAAUCGAUCCUUUCCCCAGAAUUGAUCCUCAAAUCAUAAUAACGUCACGCAACCACUCUACCACUAGACCACACAAGAUCUACCAAACUGCGCUUCGUUCAGAAUAAUAAAAACUACUAGCCGUCCGGCGGUAACGUGACAUGCUGCCGGAUGUAUAUCUUGCGCACUAUUUGUCCGGCGCGCCGGACGUGUAGACACUUCGAAUUUUAUUUUACAAACCCUACAAUAAUAUUUUGUUUUAAAUUUUAAUCCCAACCUCUCACUUCGCGGAACUGGGUCCGAAUAGCCACUUUGAUAUAAGUUAGUGUUUUUGCAACAACAAAAAAUUAAAUUAGGCCUGUACUAUACAAUAUUAAUAGUUUUAUAAUUUUUAGAACAAUCGAACAUCAACUAGCCGUAGUAGUUUUUGAGCUAUGAAUAAUAAUUAAAAAGAAACAUGAAAUGUCUCUAAAUGUGAUGUGAGUUUGCUUGUGGUUCUUUCGGCUAAUAUCUGUUUGUUGCAGCAUUUUGAGUUUCUGUAAAGGAUCUUUCUCCUUUUUUUUUUAUUCUUGAAUUGUUAUGACUACUGCUGACUAAAGUUAACUAUUAUUAUUUUUAGUAUUAAUAUGCUGAACAAAUUUUAAAAAUUAACAUUUCAUUGGGUGGUUAAAUAUGAUAAUUAAUAUUAAUUUCUAUUUAAAACAAGGCUAAUGUUUUUUUACGUCAUCUUGGAUUGGGUAUCAAAUAUGGCAACCAUAUAUGGUAGUUUGGUUAUAUCAAAUAUGGCAACCAUCCAUGAUAGAUUAGUUAAAUCAGAUAUGGCAAGCACAAAUGGUAGCAUUUGGGUUAGGUAGAGUAGUGUAUAUAUAUUAGUAUAAGGAUUGAAGGUAUUUCUCAAAAAAUUAUUUCACUAAGUUUUAACAUUUUGUUACUUAUUUUUGUUUUGCUUGGUAAGUAGCCAACAGCAAAUUUUCUCUUUUUGCCCUUCUUAUUUUAGCUGCCAUGUUUGCACACUAAUUUAUUUAUUUAUUUUUUUUACACCUCCUUCAUCUUGGUUGCCAUGACAUGUCUGCCAUCAUAGCAACCAAGAUGGCGAUAGUGGGAAAUUAGUGAUUCAUACAUUUACUGUCCUUUUUUUUUAUCGGUGUAUUUACAUUUAAUAAUAUGAUUAAUAAAUAUACCAGCCGUAUGGGCUUCACCACCACUAUUUGUGAUUGUAUUCUGUUGACUGUAUUCUGUUGACUGUAAUUUGGCAAAAUAAGAUGCAAUUAGGUCUAGGGUCAACUCGCUCCAGGCAGUUACUUUUUUAAAAAGUUGUACCGUUUACACACGACUAAUCACUGGAUGGAAACUCCAAUCCCACUUAACAAUAAACAUUAAUGACUAUGAAAGUAUGACUAUACCUAUGGAUACCUUUGUAGAGUUAACUAAUUAUAAAAAGUGUUGGACUGCGAUAAAGCUUUAAAAUAGAUUAAUAAGACACGAACAAAUUGUGUCAAUAGAACAAUAUGAGUUAGCUUUAAUAAUAAUUAUACAUUAUACACAAUUAAACGUUUCGGCACAUGCCUUCAUCAGGACAAACAAACAAAACACAUUUAAAUAAGUGUAAAUUAAAUGUACAUAAUAUCAACAUACAUAUCCUACCUAAAACAGAAACAAAUAUAGGGGAGAGCGCUAAAACCAGACAAAAACAAAGUAAAGAGAAGUAGAAAGUAGCCUUGAGUAGCCAUGAGUUUUGCUUAAAAAUACAGUUAUGUGACUUGAACAUGAACAUUUUAAAUGACUGGUCACUUAACAUGAGCAUUCUAAAUGACUGGUCACUUAACAUGAACAAAUGAACAUUCUACUGGAUCAGGGCAAGUUAGCACGUUGUUGCGCCACUUCUUUUAUUUCUGUUUUGACAUGCUUCUUAAAAAAUGUGUUAUUAUUUUAUUAAGAGUUUUCAAAGCAGUCAUUGGGUGCAUUUUGUGAUCAGAUAUUAUAGAUAAUAUCAUCUUUACUUGUCAUAAUUACAUUGGAGGAUUGCUAAUACAGUGGGACCCCUCUUUAAGGCCAUAAACAGGUAUCAUCUCAAUAAUGGCGGAGUUGGGUGCGAGUAACAUUGGAGUUUUUAACUGUAGGAAGGAAUGUUGUAUUGUUGAAGUUGGACAAGUUUGAUUGGAUUUUUCAUUGUGUUGUACCAGAAGAUGAAUUUUUAUCAUAUUUUUCAUGUACUUUAAAAAAAUUAAACAGGUCAAUUAAUACACAGAAUUUUAGGAGCAGCAGCACCAAAACUGCAUUACAUCCAAAUAUGCGUUCAAUGGGGUUCCAAUGUAUUUUAAUAUUAUGCAAAUACAAAUGACAGUUCUUUUCUUGCUGAUCAGACAGCGCCGUGAUCUCCUUAUGAAGCUGAAGAAAACAACGGAGAGUCUUCUUGCCGGUCAGUCUGUGCAAGGUCCCUGGGGCACGUACGGAGCCCUGCGACGCAUCUGCCAUGACACAGAAUCCAUUUUAUGUCAUCGGAUGAGAGAGAGCAAAUGUGUAAGAACGUUAUGA